AUGAAGACCCCAACAGUACUCAUGGCCCUCGCUGUCGCUUUUGAAAGUGUUGCUGCAAGUAGUGAUUACUCAAAUUCGACGGAUACCACUUCAAACCCAAACAAUGUGGUUUUAGACGGUGCCUACGAAACUACAGGUGCGAGUCCACCUGCAAAUCUUCCAGUUUGGAAGUCAAAGAUUCAACCUACCUGUGAGGCGUCUGUUGUCUUUACCGUAGACUGGUCUGCAAAAUUUGGAGCAGUUCAGUUGUCAACCGUCCGUUUUGAAUGGGGAACUCGACCUGCUGGAAACGUGACAUUAUCAGCUAUCAACAAUGGUGUUUCCAAUUUGACUCCUGCGAUUUUGACUGCUAAUUCAACUGAUGGUUAUUACUAUCUCAAUGCGGAAAGCACUGGAAUGACGCCAACCGCGACGGCUGCCAAACUGACCUUUACAAAUUUGAAGGCCGGAACGGACAAUACGUGCUAUGUGGACUUAGCAGAUAUUGAUGCAUAUCCAUUGUAUGUGCCUAGCGCUGCACUUGGUGUCACAAAUCGAACUACAGGUCCUACUGGAACAAACUCUGGUGUCGCACCUGCUCUCGCUUCAGGAUCUGUAUUCGCCAUUGUGGCUGUGCUAGUAUCGAGCGUAUUCCUGUAG